AUGGCCCGCCCAUCGAAACAGAAGCGAGCCGCCAGGAUGCGGGCGAACUUGAGGCGGCGCGGGGCACAACAGCAGCAGAGGCAGACGCAGUCGCCUCAGCAGACUGAGAGCCAGCCCACUACAGAGGGAGAGAUGCAGCAUACAAAUGAUGAAAAAGACACACCUGUGGAGAUGCACACUCAGCUAGAGAACAACUUCGCCAACGAGGACGAACUUUUAGAAUCUCAGAAGCAAGCGACUCAGCCUACGACUGAUGCCAACGCAGACAACACAGAGGGAGUGAUCAUGCCCUCCACACAGCGUGGAACAGAACCUGCAGACGAGAAUGAAGGUCUACAACCCCCCACACAAAGUAAACAGCCUACAAACUAUGCCGAAGGAGAUACCACGGAUGAAGUGAGCGUACUCAGUACACAGUUUGAGACCCCCGCCAGCGGUGACGAACAUCAACAACACGCAAACCAGCAUACGGAUGACUCGACGCACAUCAAAGAGGAGACAGAGGCCACCGCACAACAUGAGACGAACCCCACCACCAAUACUCCAGUUACCGUCAAGCAGGAAGAGACGCAGCCUACCGAUACCGAAGAAACCACCGAACGAGUUAGCCAGCAGGCGAAGAAGCGCAGAAAGCGCCCAGUCCUCGCACCGCAACCCCGAUUACCAGCACAGCAACCCCCCGCCCUCACCCAAUCCACAAACAACAACCCACAAGCCCCAAAGACCUCAAAGCGCAAAGCCUCCGACCCCGCCGAGACCAUCGACCUCAGCUCGCCCAAACCGAGCCCCAAGAAACGCAAAGCCCGAGUCACUGCCGGAGUCAUCGAUCUAUGCUCACCCGGACCAUCUCCGAAGGACUCCGGACAGAGGCAGAGCCCUAAGAACCUGCGGAAGCGCAAGCCCGCAGACCCGCCCGAGAGGAUCCCGAUCAAACGCGCGCGGAGUACGGCCCCUACCUCGCCUCGCAGGACCAGGAGUUAUACUAAGCAAGCUACCCAGCAACCACCGCAGGUUCAAUUCAAGGAUUAUCCCCGGAAGAGGAGGGGGGCUCGACGCGUGGAGUGGGCGGAUCGGGAGACGCGCAAGCAACCCACCGUUGCCCAGCAGGAUGCGACAAGCAUCAAAAAGGAGGAGCAACCACAGAGAAGCCUGCGGGAUAGAAGCCAGGUUCGCAAGCCAGGCCACUUUCAAAGCCAAGUAAAGCGCGAGCCAGCAUCGCAACCACCGCACACCCCCACCCCCGGGAAGGAAACCCCCUUCCACACUGCGCUCCAACAAGCCCUUCUGCACCAAACCCAAGCCGUCACCAACACCACAUACGACAUCCUCGAACGCCAACUCGCCACUACACAAGCCACUGCAGCGCGUCGCGCCCGCUCGACCCUCAACCCUACCACCACCACCACCACCGACACCGAAACCAACACCGAAACCGACACCGACACCGACACCGAGACCGACACCGACCACGCACACGACCCAAUCCUGCCCCUCCCACUCGGCCAAGUCCUCAAGGUGGCCAAAUACUUCAACACCAACAUCCUCUCCCGGCUCACGCAGACCUGCAAGACCCUGUACCGCAACCUGGUCCAAGAACUCCACCUCCGGCAACACGCCACCGUAAUCCCGGACAGCGCCUGGCAAACGCAAAUCCGCCUGAGCCUGGCCGACGCGGAAGGCCGACGCACCGUCGAAUGGCUCCCAAGCACCGGCUACUACCCGGAACCCAUGGACCUUGCCAUCCAACACGGCCGGGUCGACGACGUCCGGGCGUACCUGCUCAGAGGCGCCGACCGCGACUGCCUGAACAGCUACGGCAUCCGCCCACUGCGCUGGGCCGUGGCCACCGGCCAGCUCGAGAUCGUCCAGCUCCUCCUGGAAGACAAAGCCGACCCAAACCUCCCCGACGCAGACGGCAGCGGCGGGGCGCUAGCCGGCCCCUUCGUGGGCCAGGACAGCGAAACCGAAACCGUGAUCGAAACCCUCCUAUCCGCCGGGGCGCAGCUCAUCAGCAUGGACGCCUUCGCGGCCCUCUGCCACGCGCGCAACAGCGUCGAGUACCUCAAACACGCGCUCGCGAACGGCAGCGCCAGCACGGUGGGCCAGCUGCGCGGGCCCUCCCACACGACCGCGCUGCACGUCGCGGCUCAGACCGGCCAGAAAGCGCUGGUCAGCGUACUCCUCACCGAAACGGAGGGGCUGGCGCUCGACGCCGUCAACGACCACGGCCAGUCGGCGCUGCACUUGGCGCUGCGCGACGGGAACGAGGAGACGGCGCUGACGCUGAUCGACGCGGGGUGCGCGCUGGAUCUGCUGGACAACUUCAACCGGGACGCGUUGGCGCUGGCCGUCGAGAGGGGGUAUGCCGAGGUGGUGCGCGCGAUGCUCGAUGCGCCCGCCGACGCCGGGGUGGAUUUCCGGGCCACGCGGAAGUACGGCCAUCGGCCGUCGGCGGAGAUGACGCAUCUCGAGGGCGCGUUUACGUUUCGCCGGUUUGGGAUCAUGAAGCAGCUGCUGUUGGGGAGGGAGCAGGCGGUCGAUGAGGUGCUGCAGAGACGGUGCAGGGAGUUGGCCAGGACGGAUCCCACGUAUGGCGAGUUGUGCGAGGAUGUGUCCUUGCUUAUGGGGAGUUGUAUGUUGGGGUUUGAUUCGGAGGAGGGGGAGGGGGAGGGGGAGGGGGAGGAUUGA